AUGAUCUGUCCUGGCGGUGACGAUCGCGUGCUGAUAUCUCAGUCCCCCACGCUCCCGCUAGCGCGUCUCGUCCUAUCCAAAUCGGACCCGCUGCAGCAGCUUUCGGUCCGCAAUGCCGUCGUACACGAUGCCAAGAUCUUCAACCUCCAGCUCAAAGGUACUGGACCGAAGGGCGAGUAUCCCGGUCCUCGGGUCAAUCAGGCCGCUAGUGGUAGAUGCUGGCUCUUUGCUACAACCAACGUGCUUCGAUACGACAUCAUCAACCAGCUCAAUCUCGGCGAGUUCCAGCUGUCCCAGAGCUAUCUGUUCUUCUACGAUAAGCUCGAGAAGGCGAAUUACUACCUCGAGAACAUACUCGAGACCAAGGAGGAACCGACAGACUCGCGCAUUGUGUCAUACCUCAACCAAGCGCCCGUCAACGACGGUGGACAGUGGGAUAUGGCUGUUAAUAUCAUCGAGAAGUACGGUAUCCUCCCUCACACUCUGUAUGCCGAGUCCUACUCUUCCAGCGCAUCAGCUCGCCUCAACCAAAUCCUCACCGCCAAACUCCGCGAAUACGCGGUCCGCCUCCGCGCCAAUCCCGACCGUCGGCUUAAGGGCCAAUUCAUGGCUGAGGUAUACAACACCCUAGCCAUCACCCUCGGCACUCCUCCUCGGCCUGAUGAACGCGUCAAGUGGGAGUAUUACGACCGAGACGACAAGUACAAGAGCUGGGAGGGAACACCGCUGGAGUUCUACAAGCAGUACGGGAAGCGCAAGGGGAUGGACCCAGGGGAGAGCUUCAGUCUGAUCAAUGACCCGAGGAACAAGUAUGAGAAGCUGUAUACGGUGGAUAGACUAGGGAACGUCUGGGGCGGAAGGCCAAUCCGAUAUGUCAAUGCACCCAUCACCGCGCUCGAGGACGCGGUCAUCGCCGGUAUCCGGGCCAACACCCCUCUCUUCUUUGGCUGCGACGUCGGCAAGUCCUCCAACACCCCUCUCGGUAUCAUGGACACUGGUCUAUACGACCUUAAAGCCGCUUAUGGCUUCUCCUACAAUAUGUCCAAGGCCGACCGGCUCCGCAUGGGCGAGACCCAAAUGACCCACGCUAUGGUCAUCACCGCCGUUCACCUCGACGAUAAGGGCCGGCCCCUCAAGUACAAAGUCGAGAAUAGCUGGAGUGACACGGCGGGCGAGAAGGGAUGGUUCAUGAUGACGGCGGACUGGUUCAAGGAGAACGUGUUCCAGGUGGUCACGCCGCGGUCUCUGGCGGAGAAGAAGUGGGUGGAGGUACUGGACAAAGGGGAGAUGAUCAGGUUGGACGCGUGGGACCCGAUGGGGUCCUUGGCUUAG